CGAUCGUUAUCUUUCUCUGCGUCUAUUGGAUUCCGUAAACGAUGAUGUCCCCGAACAAAUUCCCGACAGAUCGAGGCUCUCCUCCUCAACCUCUAAGACAAACACCAUUGCAAAUUAUUCAUGUUGCUGCAAAUUUCAUGAGGAUAUGGUCGAUAUACUUCAUGUAUCGCUACUUAACCCAAAGUGGAGCUUCGAUUGUUCUUUUCUUGUUUGCCUGCAUAGCUCCUGCAGCAAUCCUCUUUUUGAUUUUGCAAAAGCCUUGGAAGGGCAGGCCACUUUCUAAUACACAGGUUGUGCCAUCCAUAAUAAAUGGUGCUAUAACAGCACUGUAUUUUGUCUUGUGGGGAAAGGGACUGAGAUCAUGUGGACCAAUUAGAGCAAUACUGUCUAAGUAUUCUGGUGCUGUCCUUGGGGUACUAUCUGCACUGUUAUAUGGGAGGAAAAGCAAUUUGUGGAAAAAGAUAGAUAUCCUGAUUAUGGGUCUGAAAUAUUAUCUAAGCCAACAAACGGGGUGUAUAAUGCUUUCGGUGGCAUCGGCUUUUGCGGAGAAGAAGGACGUGUGGCGCGCAUUCAUCAACAUGCACCAGCAGCUCCUCUUCUCUCUCAGCCAGCAGCCAGCAACCACUGCCUCCGCCGUCGCCGAACUCUUCUUGUCAGCAAGAGGGUGCCUCGCCGCCAGUAGUGACAAACAGAGGGUUAGCUUAAAGCUCUUUGCCGUCCAUUCUCUUCUCCUCCACGUCGUGGCCUUUACCCUUGCAGAUCGAAGCUCGUGGCCGUCUUCACUACAUCGUCUUCGUCUUCUUCGUUGUGGACUUGCAGAUCGAAGUGCGGUCAGUUGGAUUCCUCCAUCGUCUUCGUCUUCUUCGUCGUGA